CUUCACUUGACAUUAACAUCAACAUCCACGACUACUUACUUACCAAUGGUUUGAAGUUACCACCAUAACAACAGAAAGCUCCCAAGGUUUGAAUGUUCAAAUCGUCCACCCAUUAGCAGACAUAUUCUUCUCAUUCACAAUUUAAAAUUCACCAUCAUGUUGUCUAUCACAGAUAACUUAUCAGACCGCUGCCAAAAGCUUCAAGAUGUGAGCUACAUCAACCUCGCAGUAUCUAUCUUUAUUCUUAUUGGAAUUCUUGUUUCUUACUUACCUCAACAUUAUCGAAUUAUCAGUCGCAAAACCUCAGAGGGAAUAUCCCCCUUCUUCAUUCUUCUCGGUACAACAUCAGGAACAUGCGCUUUUGCAAACAUAAUAGUUCUGCCAGCAUCUCGCGCGGAUGUAGCCUGUUGCAAAACUGUUAGCACAUUCGAAUGUGCUGCAGGAUUACUUGGUAUUGCCCAAGUUGGGGUUCAAUGGUUUUGCUUCAGUGUAAUAUUACUCCUUUUCAUGGUAUUCUUUCCGCGAACUCCGACCCUUCCUACACUGGAUGAUAAUAAACAACAACAUACAUGGCGCACAGCUGUCACGGUAGCUUUGAUUUGUCUUUUCCAUGGAUUCGUCACUAUCGUUGUCAGUGCAUCAUUGGCACUCGCUCAUCCUAAUGUCCUUGGAGUAUGGGCCAACACGUUAGGCAUUAUAGCUACAAUUCUUGCGGGUAUCCAAUAUAUACCUCAAAUCUGGUUGACAUACAAUCUUGGUCAUAUCGGAAGUCUGAGUAUACCAAUGAUGUGCAUUCAAACUCCUGGCAGCUUUGUUUGGUCCAUGAGUCUUUUCGCUAGAUUAGGAGCUGGUGGUUGGAGUACAUGGGGUGUGUUCUUGAUCACAGGUUGUUUACAAGGAUGCUUGUUAGUCAUGGGAAUAUCUUUCGAAUUAAAAGCUAGAAGGGAGAGGCAGAAUAAUGAGGGUGGAGCUUCCAAUGGAAGAUGUAUCGUUGGGUAUAUUGCAGGCUCGCGAGAACAUGACACGGAUGACGAAGGUGGAACUACUGUUGAGAGUACACCGUUGUUGUCCGAGUCGGGGUCGUCAAGAAAAACACCUCGACCUUCAGCUCGAACUUCUACAUCUAAUUAGAUAAGGGCUCAGGUACAUUGUAGUUGGUAAUAAGAUGCUCCAUACCCUAGAUUCUUUCCAUUCUGAGAGUUCUUGGCACUGGUGUUAUCCAUAAAUAAUUUGCUUGAGAUCUUUGGCAUCCCGGUUCUCCCUCUGUAUUCUAUUCUGCGUUCUCUUUUAGACUUUUAAACCUAGUCUCGUUUUAAUAGGUUAUGGUUCUCGAUGACGUCUUCUUAUAUUAUGUGUCCUACGUCUUCGAAAAUCCGUAUCGAGCUUAUGAGACUUUGUAUGUAUCAUCGUUUGUGUGGAAUAUUGCUUUCGAUGUCC